CACACACACGAAUGUCCCCUUUUUUCUCUGGCGCCUUCUAGUGGCAUGAUUUGCAUACAUCACCAGUCCAAAAAAGACAUGCAGUACAUGCAGUACUUAUUUCAAAGUUAAAGCAGUUAUCUUCUAUUCCCGUGACCGGUUUUAACCAUUAUGUUCUCAUUUUUAUCCUUUUUCGCGCGUACAUUCAUCAUCGUCAAUGUUCACACAAAACUGCAUCGGUGACACCACAAUUAUUCCCUUAAUACAAGAUAAUUGCUGUUUUUUUUAAUUUAGUUUUUUAGGGGUUUUUUUUGUGAAAAAACUUGCUGCACCAGCCCUCAUAUUACGAGAAAAUUGUAUUUCAAUCAUCGCUUUAAAAUAGCAAAUAGGUGCAGAGUUCUUGCUGUUUUCUGUUUUAUUUUUCCUUGUACCCUUUCAGCUCUUCUUUUCAUCAUCACAUCCACUCCUUCAAUCUGAUACAGCAACGAUUAAUCCCCUUCUGUUUUUACCCUCUUAAUUCUCUCCCUAAAAGCGAUCUUGCUGCAGAUGAAGUCAUUUGGGUGCUGAUACAACAUAUGUGAGAUUGAUGGAGACGCUCGAGAGAUUACAGUAGUUGAGAAGUGUAAAAAGAGAAUUAGAGAUGCAUCACUCAAGUGAAGCAUUCCGUUUAGUUGAGGGCGCUUAUUUUGGGUCAUGUAUGCAAUGACCCUGGGAUGGGCAAAGGUGGGCGGAGUCAAUCAGCCUUGUGAUUACUGGCAUAGAUUAGAGGCGCUCUUCAUCACUGAGUGGCAUCACAUCAUCACACUAUGGGGGAACACUUGGAGUUUUUCUCCACAAUGGAGCAGCUGGAGUUUUGAAACGAGCAGCUAGUGAGGAGACAAAAGGGAAGAGUGUGAGGCAAGUGGUGCAGAAAAGAAGAGGACUAUAGGUUGGGAGCUUGGGUGAUGGGUAACUGCACCAAAUCAUCCAUGAAAGAAAAAAUGAGGAAGGAUCGAGAGCUGAGACCAGAAGAGAUGGAUGAGCUCCGUGAAGCCUUUUUAGAGUUUGAUAAGAACAAGGAUGGCUUCAUCAGCCAUAAAGACCUGGGGGAGUGCAUGAGGACCAUGGGAUACAUGCCCACCGAGAUGGAGCUCAUAGAAUUGAGUCAGCAAAUUUGUGGAGGCAAAGUGGACUUUGAGGAUUUUGUGGAGCUGAUGGGACCCAAAAUGUUGGCAGAGACUGCAGACAUGAUUGGAGUCAAAGAACUACGUGAUGCAUUCAAAGAGUUUGAUUCCAAUGGUGACGGUCAGAUCAGUUUGUCUGAGCUACGCGAGGCCAUGAAGAAGCUGAUGGGAGAACAAGUGACCAACAGAGAGAUAAAUGAGAUUCUCAGAGACGUGGACCUCAAUGGAGACGGUUUGGUAGACUUUGAGGAGUUUGUGAGAAUGAUGUCCCGUUGAUGUGCAUCGCACGGGCGAUGGCAUUUAACACAAAAACCAGGGACGACUCUACACAUCUUUGUCUGUAGUUCUAGCAUUUUAUGUUGCUAUAUAAAAAUAUAUAUGUAUAUAAUUUAAAAAAAAAAGUAACAGAAAUUGUAUAACACAGAAUAUAUGGACAAAAGUGUUGGAACAAUUUUUUAAAAUAACUUAGUGUUCCCGAAGGCAUGCUUUGAUGAGUUUGGUUUAAAAGAACUUGAGAUGUGAGAUCAACAGGAAUCACACAUAAAAAAACAAAAGUUUUAUUUUUAUUUCCAAUGGCUUCCAAUGGCCAGGUGUCCUAAUACUCAUGUCCAUACACUUGUAGUCAAGAUGAAAUUGCUGACUUUCUGUUUGUUUUUUAUACAUCAAAUAUUUGCAUGUAACAUUCCGUUUGUAAAUCUGUAAUAAACAAGUUAAAAAAAAAAAAACAAGAGCAUAGAAGCAGCCACUGUGAUUUUACUCACUUUAUUAUCUUUUUACACCAAUAGACCAACAUUUGAUGUUAAAAGGUAUGAUUUGGAUCAUGCAUAUUAAGCAAAUAUUUGAUUCAAAAACAGAUCAUCCAACUGGCAUCACACAGAGCUACAAUGGUUUCUGAAUUGUUUUGAAAUCAACAGCGUUGCCCAGGAUUGGCCAUUUAAAUUCAUGACAAGCUGUUAUAUGGUUUUCAAGUAGUAAGUCACCUGACAUCAACAUCUUUGAAACAAUUGUUGUUUUUAUUGAAAACUUGGCCAGGAUUCUGUACAGCAGAGUGUAUGUGCAAUACACAGGGGCCAGAGCAGGAGGUGCUAAAGACUCUUUUUCCCAUAGUGCAUUGUACCCUGAAUCACGAAUCUUGUGUAAAAUUGCAAUAGGUGUCUUGUUCCUUCUUCAGAGCUUUGUAGGAGAAUGAAGAUAGGGACUAAA